AUGGAAAUCGCGGGAAAUUCGCGUUCAGCACAGAGUCGACAGCCUCUGACUGACGCUGCAGCUAGAGUGAAUCAUGGCCCUACGGUUAUGACAUCGCGCAUCGAAGGCGCCGUCCCAGAGCAUGAGCAGCUAAAGUCAAUUGAAUCUGCACAACCGCAGAUAACGCAAAGCUCGCCGCUCGCCAUCAGUGAUAUCGCGCGGCUGUCCGUGGCUACUGACUCACCAGCGACUUCCAAUAGAAACUCGGCGAUAUCUACCACAUCUACAGCUUCAGGAAAAGGGAAACGCAAGACGCAUGUAGGCCCAUGGCAGCUAGGAAGAACUUUGGGAAAAGGCGCUACUGGUCGAGUGCGAUUGGCAAAACAUGCGGUAACUGGUCAGGCUGCUGCGAUUAAAAUUGUGUCGAAGAAGUCGGCAGCCAUGGUUCAAAGUGAAAGUAUAGCGGCAAUGGACAGGAAUGCCUGUCUUUCAGGGGAAAGCCAGGCUACUAGGCCUAUGCCAUUUGGGAUUGAGCGAGAAGUGGUGAUCAUGAAACUCAUUGAACAUCCCAAUGUCAUCAAUCUAUACGACAUCUGGGAAAAUCGUGGUGAACUCGUUAGUUAUCUUGUACUUGAAUACGUUGAGGGAGGAGAGCUGUUCGAUUACGUAUCGACGCAUGGCCCUCUUCCUGAAGAAGAAGCCGUUCGACUUUUUCGGCAAAUCAUCUCGGGACUUUCGUACUGCCAUAGAUUCAACAUAUGCCAUCGAGAUCUGAAGCCAGAGAAUAUACUUUUGGAUCCGAACCAUAAUGUCAAAUUGGCGGAUUUUGGUAUGGCUGCCCUACAACCGGCCGGGCAUUGGCUGAAUACAUCAUGUGGAAGCCCUCACUACGCUGCACCGGAAAUAAUUUACGGCCGUAGGUAUCGUGGAGAUAAAGCAGAUAUUUGGAGCUGCGGUAUAAUUUUAUUUGCCUUACUGACCGGCUCUCUGCCAUUUGACGGGGGUGAUUUGACAAAUACCCUGCUCUUGGUGAAGAAAGGAAACUACCAUAUACCAAACUGGCUGUCAGCAGAAGCAGCUGACCUGAUCCAGAGAAUCCUGCAAAAAAGACCAGAAGAUCGCAUCAGCAUACAAAGCAUGUUUAACCAUCCACUUCUUAAGAAGUACGAGAUACUCCACCAGGCAAUGUCUCAACAUCCACUUGGACCCCCACCGGCCCUAUCCGCCAAAGAUUGCGGUCCAUCAGUGACUUCUCGUGCGGAUAUCGAUAUGGAGUUGCUUCGGAGUCUCCAGACCCUCUGGCAUAGUGCCAACACAGAGAGUCUCAUAGAGCGGCUUCUUUCUCAAGAACCAAAUCACGAGAAGAUGUUCUACAAUGCCCUGAUUAGAUUUCGUGAUGAACAAUUAGAGAACUAUCAUGGGCAGCCUCUGGAAUAUUCAGCUAGCGAUUAUCAUCACAUAUCUCGACCCGCCGCUGCGGCAAGAGCAAUGGCAAAACACUCAAAGAAUGGACGAGUGCAGGGUCAUGUCCGUCGUCGGUCUCAAUUCUCUAUACUUAAUGAGGUCACCCGGCGUAGCAGUGCCGGAAAAGAACCCAAAUCCUCUGGCAGCUAUGAUCCUUUCAGGGCUUCGAGAACCCCAGUAGCGAAUUCUACUGUUCAUUAUGCAAGUGUUACUAUUCAUCGAGACGAUAAUCUUCACAACACUCAGGAGGAUGCAAUUAUUGAAGAUGUACCGCUGGAUGCUGCUGCUCCGCCCUCGUCGCCUCCCAAGGCAGAUAUCAUGCCCAGUUCUUCUGUUGAGAUCAUCCAGUGGAACAAGAAGAGGAAAGCGCAACGGUCAUUUCACUCAAAGAGCUCAUUGGCUACCUCUCGUCAUGGUUAUAGUCCUGCUCCUCAACAUCGUGCAACGGCUGGUUAUAAGAGGAAUGUAUCUUUUCGUCAUGUAAGGAACAAGUCGGGAGGUGGUUCUUCAGCGAAAUCCGCAGGAGAUCGUUCGAAAUCUCAAAAUUCGAUAGCGCGCAUGCUAGUACACGAUCAAAGCUCCAAUUUUUAUCCCGCAGACCAGCCUGCCGCUCGAAUGAGCAGCCCCAGCCUUCCAGCCCUUCCAGCUGUUGUUCGAACUUCGGAUGUGGUUGCAAGUAUAGAACAUGAUCUGUUUGUCAGAAAGAUCCGAGAUAACUUCUGGGGGGAAGAAGCAAGAAAAGUUUCUCAUGAACUCAGUCAAAUUUGCGAGGAAGCCUUCAACAGGUCUUCAGUAUCUACAGGGAACACCACUGUUAGCACAGAUACAACAGCUACAUCCAUGUCCAUUCACGAAGAGGCAGCGGAAAAGUUCCAAGCGUUGAAAAGCAGUGAUAUACCGAAGAAGGUUGCUGACUUACCUGCAUCGUGCACCGUUAAUGAGGUCGCCGAGACUCGCCGCAGACUGAUAGAGCACUGUAUAAAGGCAGAAGCGGCUGGGCUUUCUGACUAUUUGGGUGAAGUCAUAGCACAUCUUGAUCGGCUAAUUGAACAAGACAUUGCGCGCAACCAAGUCAAACCUGAUUUCACGGUUGACAGCUCGAGCAGGCGUACGCUCUCUGAACCACUUGUGAAACCUGGUAUGGAAACGGGUUAUCUGCCUUCCAUCUCUGAGGAAAUAUUUACUCCGCUGGACACCUGUAGUGAUUAUGACUUGCAACGGGUUGAUCAUAAGCCCACACCUGAGCCGUCUCUACGCGAAUCUCUGCAUACGGAAGCCAAAUCUACUAUCCGUGUGGUCCCAAAAGAUUCAUCGUUGCCUUCAAUCCAAGACAUUAAGCCUUUGACAAUCAGGAAACGAAAUGGCAUUUCAAAUUCCCCUGAAUCCACAGCCAACUCGCGCCAUAGCUCAGCCGACUCUGUUAUCCAUAUUCGCAAGCAAGGAAAACCAGUCGAACAGCGAACAAGCAGCGACUCCGUAGCGACCAGCUUGCGAUAUAACUUACGAUCUCCGAUGGUGUUAGAGACGAUUUCAGAAAGCACUGACACGUCUCUCCAGAAUAAUGCAAAACCAUCAAGCGGAGAGAAGAAGUGGUCGUGGUUUGGUAAACAAAAGUCACAUACGCAGGAGGGAAAUCAACAGGAAGUGAAUUUUCCAACUGCUAAGUCACAGUCUGAUCCUGCAGUGAGUACCACGGAAAGACCAGCUGUAGAGACAGAAGAAAGAAAAUCUUCGAGAAGGGCGUCUGGAGAAAAACCCCGUACAAGCUUCCUAAAAAUAUUCAGCAAGAAAAAGGUGGAAAAAGUGGACAGUGACAGUCUCAAAGCUGAUCUGAGCCAUAAUCAAGAUAACUUGCUGAGACAAGUUGAUUCAAAUGAUUCUGGCCUUUCCCAUGUUCCGAUUCCGUACACGAAUCGCCGGAGUCGUCGACCGUCAGGAGCCAACCAGAAUUGGUUCGCCCGAUUUUUCCAUGUGAAGCCUGCAUUACGAGUCAUAGCAUUUCAUAUACCUAAAGCUAGAAUUCGAAAGGAGAUUUACAAGACCCUUCGUGAAUGGAAGGAAUAUGGAAUGCAGGAUGUACACCUCGACAGGGCACAAAAUGUCAUUCGUGGUCGUGUUUCUGAGAUGAAUUUCCUUGAUCUACGACCUGUAGAGUUUUCUGCAGAGUUCUUUACUGUCCUUGAACAUGAACGCCAUGCUAAUCUAAGUCUUGUUCGAUUCCGUCAAGAGCGAGGCGCAGCAUCGUCUUUCCACAAAGUAGUUGAGACACUGGAGCUAUUCUUGAAACGGCGCGGGUUUGUCGUGGAGGAUCCCGUGCGCUCGAAGAAGAUGACCAAAAUUCUGGAAAACGUACCUUGA